GCCGUGCGAAAACGACGGGGCGACCGAACGCGCGGCCGUCAGACGCGGACGCCGGACGGACCAACGCAGAUUUGCCGAGUGUAGAACGGCACCGGCACGCAGUACGACACGGUCGUCCGACUAGUUCUGUGCGCGCGCGCGAUUCCCCGACGUCGACGUUUGUAACGACGCGUGACUGUGACGCACCGUGGUGAACGAUAACGAUAAUAAUAUUCGGUAGUCGAAUAUUACCUUGAUUUGUAGUAGGAACCUACUACACAGGCAAUUAAUUUUACAUUGCCCGGCGGACAAAUUUCCCGAGCUUUUUUUUUCUUAUUCCACGAGUCCAGCGUAUUUUUAAGUCUCGACACUUUUCCGUUUUCGUGCGUACCUACGCAAUAAUAACAAAAUCUUUCGCCGUAUUUCCGCGAACCGAAGAACGCGCGCCUGACGAUGGACAACGCUUCGAUUUCGUCGGCGUCUUCCACCACGUCGUCCAGCGGGGCCACGGACGGCGACGAACUGUCGGCCGUGCUCAGCAGGCGGCAAAAGAUCAACGAGGCGCUGGAGGACGGCAAACCGGUGCCGCGGCAGUUUAAUAGGCGGGCGUCCUCCAAAAACGUGUUCCUCGAAUUCAAAGAGUUUUCGCGAAAACAGAUCAACGAGUACGAAGCGACGUUCAAAAAGUGAGUAUAAAAAUAUCGCUCAGAUCUCGGGAUAUUAUUGUUAUUAUUAUUAUUGUUACUAUCAUCAUCAUCGUCAGCAGGUAGGACACCUAUUUAUGUUUGGGUUUCCGCUCUCCGGUGAUUCCCCGUUUGCGUUUCCGUUCCGAAAUAAUAAUGUCUCGCCAAUAAGAAAAUAGUUCGUAUUAUUGCCCGUUUAGCGCCAAAAGCAAUGGUUUUCAUUGGGCUGCGCGCGGCUUUCCACGAUCAUCGCCCGAAAAUCGCGUGAGUGUUGAUAUCAGUCGCGGCGCGAGGGCGUGUUCGGCCCGGCCUUCACCCUAAAAGACGAGGGUUGCCAGAGAUAACGAUUAUUUUUGCACGCGCUCGUCGUUUUUCAUUCAUUGUUGUUAACCGUUCGGCAUUUGGCAUUUGACGCGCGUCAUCGGCCGUAGUCUAUAGGGGCACGAAUCAGGAAACUGACAUUUAAACGGAACGACGCGCGAUUGGUUAUUAUUAUUAUACUGCGGUGCUCGGCGUGCAAAAUCGCGAACAAUCCGGAAAACUGUCGUUUCUGCGUUUGCGCACAAACUUCCGGUUUUGUCGCUCCGCGACGUUUGCGACAAGUGCGACGUUUAUGUUCCGAAUUUCCACCCCCUCUACCCCCGGACGCAACGUAUAGAGUCGUUUCGAAAAAUUGAAUAAUAUCGAAAUUCCACAAUAUUGUCGAUAACACACCGGGCCGGGAAUCGUCGGUUUUUACCGAAUUUCCCUAUUUUUACAUUCGUGACUUUUACGCAGCCAUAUUUCGAUUUCCGGCUGCCCGAAGAUGUCCAAUAAAUAGAUAACUCCGGUGUACGUAUUACAGGUAUAGAUCGUACCCGCGGUUAAAUAUUUGGCCGCGGGCGUAUUAAUAUACCGAAUGCGGUAUCAGUAUAAUAACAACGCUGGACGAAUAUGUACAAUCGGAAAUAACUUUCGACCGGUUUUUCGGAAAUCCGACGCGACAUUUUAUACAAGUACGUAAACCAAUAUCGGUAAACUUCGAACCGAAACCGGACGCGCCGUUUGAAAAAUCUCCGCGCGGACGCACGUGACCAACAUCAAUAAUCACAAUAACAAUACGAUAAUUUCGAUUGAUACGAUAAUAUCGUGCGUGUCCGAUCGAAUUUUCGCCGUGCAAUAACAUGACAUUUAAGCGUUUUGUACGUGCACGUUACGAUAAUCUUCGGGUACAAAAUAACAAAAUAUACUUAAGUUUUAUUUAUCUGUUAUUAAUUAUUAUGCGCGCACCGACGAGGAAAGGUCAUAGUUUUCUUCUUUUUUUUUUUUCAGAUACAGGUUACCUUGCUAUGCUUACUUAUAAUACUAUGUUGCACAUUUUCUAAUUAAUUAUUAUGCGUGGUUAUACAGAUAGGUAUAAUAGUAUUGCCUAUUAGUUACGUCCUAACCUACCUGUAUAUCGGGCAUAUUAAUGUAUUGCGCACGACUCUCAAUAAGACAUAAUAUUUUAUAAUAGUUUUUUUUUUUUGGUCCGUGCCGAUUUUUUGCGUGAGUCAUUUGUCUUAAUGGAUUCUUUCAGUUCUCUCCCCCUCCCCCCGUUAUUCGUACGACUGUACAGAUGUAUAAUCGCGAAUAUUAUUCGAUAAUUAUUAUUCAAACAAUAAUGAUAAUUACUCGGGUGCGUCGUAUUCAUGUUCGUUAAUCAUCAUUACGGACGAUUUCCUUGCACGGUAAGUACCUUUAUGUAUACAUAAAAAAAGAAAAACACCUAUCUAGAUUCCCGUUUCCUCUACCGUCUAAAAAACGUUAAUGAAUAUUUAUGUAGACGCUCGUUCCGUUUAAUUAGCGCGGCGGUUUUAGAAAAAAAAUAAUAAUGUACAGUAUACACCUAUACUACACAGGUAAGGUAUUAAAAUGUGUACAAGAUACGGUACUUACUUAUAAAUUAUUAUACGACCGCUAUUGCAAUGAAAACUCUAGUGUAAACUGUGAUUAUCACGAAUAUUCGGUAGGUAUUUUCAAAAAAAAAAAAAAAUCGGUUUACUUCACACGGGGCGUUUCCGAAACCAACGAGGAAACCGUACAGUAAAUGAGGAGAAUGUAUACUAGGUGCCAUAACGAGUUUCCCCGUUUUAUACCGGGAAAUUAUCGAAUAAAAUGCUCGUCCCCGGGUAUAUUUUUUAUGAAACUUGUACACCGAAUUUUCGAUCGUUUUAAUGAAGCCCAAAAAGUUUUAUUCGCAUACUUACACGGGACUUGCACGAGUAUUAGUACUCGAAAUGGCCGUGAUUGUUUCAAAUUGUAUCCUACAAAUUGAAACUUUAUUUUUUUUAUUAUUAUUAUUAUUAUUAAGCUUCAACAUCUAAGGUUAUUAGGUUAUUAGCCUUGGGUACAUUAAACAAAAAUUAAAGUAGUAUAUUAUUAAAGUUCUUUUUUUAACAUGACACAUAUUGGUUAAUAAUGUUAUUCAAAGUUAUUUACAAUAUAAAUUUUAGUUAGAAACAUUUUUGAGGUGUUGUCUUCAUUGAGAGCUUCUUGUUUGUUCGGUAUUAGUAAGGUAUUUCUUGCAUUUUGGAAUUCUGGACAUUCUUGUGUGAUAUGUUUGAUAGUUAGGGAAACUAGGCAUUUGUUGUGUAUGGAUGGUGAAUCUUUACUAAUGAGAUAUGAGUGGAUUUUAAGAAAGUAUGCCCAAUUCUUGCUCUUGUGAUGGCGAUUUAACUUAUUAUUAUUAUUAUUAAACAAAUCCCGACUAUGGAUUUUCGAUGUUUGUAUUUUAUCGUACGAGUAACUUGUGCGGGUACCUUCACGUCAAAUUUUCGAGCAUUUAUAAAACCGUCGUCAUUCAUGACGCCCCAACCCAGUAUAGGUACGAUAUUUAAAGUUUCCUCAUUUAUAUCAGAAACGCUUUGCAUAUUGUAAUUAUUUUGAUAAACAAAUUAAUAGUCAGUAUAUGGUACCUAACGAUGAUAUUGAAUGCGGCAGUACUAUAGGUAUGUUGGACAUAAAAAGGUAAACAAAUUAAUGUUCACUAGAUUGCAGAUUUCCCAUGAUUUCUUAUGAUUUCGAAACAUUUUUGAAGAUAACCGGAGAUAACUUCAAAAAUAGGUCAGAUAGGUAGGUACUUAAUGAAUAUUUGAAUAUUAAUCGUGAGCUAUGGUGAAAUACUGUAUACUUAUAAACUAUUCGUUAAAAAACAGUAUAUACAUGUUUUAUAACGAGAGAACUUAGUGACUUAGAUAGUUUAGUGAAAUAUUAUAUCUAAAAGUAGGUUUAAUUAUUGGCCAAGUAUUAAGAAUAUUAUCGAUUAUUUUUAUUUAUUUGAAUAAAAAAAAACGUUUAACUCGAGUUAUUAAUGUAAUGUAUAGUUUAUUAUGUUAUACAACUUUAUUUUUUGUUUAACCAUUUAAUUAAACUUUGUGUAUUUUUACUACCUACGAUAAUAAAUAUUGCUUCGAUUACGAGAGUAAUAUCAUAAUAAUUCUACAUUAUGAUGUAAUACAUAAGUUUUGCACUUGUACUGGUAUGAUUUGUAUGCGAUGAAGACGGUUAUAAAAAAAAGCAUAUCGUUUUAAUACGAUGUGCCGUAUAAUAUUAUUUAUGGGUACUCGUAUCGUUCGUUAUUGCUCGAGUGAUCAUAAAACGAAUCUGCAUAUUAUUAUAGUUGCUUAUAAGUUAUUUAAAAAAUUGAAUCUUUUUCUUAUUAUUUUUGUUUAAUUAAAUGUUUAGUUUUUUUUUUUUUUUGUUUUAAUAAUAUUUGACCUUUAUACGGUUCGAGUGAUUAUUUAUUAUUUGCAUUUCAAAUACAUACCUUCAUAUAUAUCAUAUUAGGUGCAACGUUAUUUAAAUGUGUUUUCAAAAUUUCGUUUGUAUCAAAACUACGCCGACAUCCGUACACGCGAAGGAACUAAAUAAAUUAGUCAUAUCAAGAGAAUGUUUCUGUUUAAAAAAUAAUAAUAAUAAAUAAAAUAGUUUCACCAAUUUAUUUUCUAAUAUAAUAGCUAGAUAUUUGUGUGUGUGUGUGUGUGUGAAUUAUAAAUUUAAACAAAAACACCAAUAUAUCACAGAAAAAAUAUAAUCGUUUUUAAGUUUAAAAAUAUUUUUAUUUGAAAAAAAAAAUGUAUAUUAAUGAGUAAUGUACUCAUCGAUUAGAAAUUCGAGUAUUUUUAAAUAUCCAACCCUAUUAAUAUUAUGCAUUUUUUAUUUUUGUGAAAUUUACGUUUAGGAAAGAUGUAAAUAGGUGAUUGAUGUUUUUCAUCCCUUCGCCCUACAACUGUCGAACGGACUGAGAUGAAACUUUGCAUAGAUGUAUAGUUCCAGGAAUAACAUAUAGGCUACUUGUUUCCCUGACUUCAACUCUUAAAGGGGGGAUGGGGUGAAAAAGAGUAAUUGGUAUUUUUGGUACGAAAAUCGAAUUAUUUCGGUUGAUUUAUAGGUUACCUUGGUGAUACAGAUGUAAUAAAAUUAACGCCAUAUUAACCUGCGUAUAUUAUACGAGUUAUUUUUAUUUUACUUAUUUAUAGGUUAUUUUAUGUUACUUUUUGGUUCUUUAAUAAUACUAAAUAAAUAUCGAUUUUUAUUAAAACAACGUUAUUACACAAUAGUCAAUUUUUAUUAUUAUCUUUAGCACCUAAAUAAAUACGUAUUAUAAAAAUUUUAAAAUUACAACUAAAUUUUUACAAUAAUUGUCAAUAAAUAUACUUAUUAUUUUCGGUUAUGAAGCAUUCCUCAAUUCAUCGGUGCAACCAAACGGUCCAAUCUAUUGUUUGAUUUUUCCGAAACGGCUCCUGCUUUAUAAAUAGAUUAAUUCCCAAACUGCUCCUUAUUUUGUUUAGGUCAAAGUUGUUGUUGGCGGUCAGUAGGACUUGCAUCAGAAUAUAGAAAUAAAGAUUUUGAAGUUAGAAUAACACUAAAAUAUCUGUUUGGCCUUCCUUAUCUACCACCGUCAAAAGUCUUGGAUUGUUUCACAGACGAUAUAAUAGCUAUCAAACCAAAAGACGAUAACAUAGAUAAGGUAUUAUAGAAUAUAUUUUUGAAAAUUAUAUUAUGCCAGAUAGUCGUUUCCCUCCUGAAAUUUGGACUGAGUGUUUAUCUUUCUCUUUUUUGACCACAAAUGCAUGUGAAUCGUUUCUUAGUAAAUUCAAUAAGGAAUUCAAUACCGUUCAUCCCAAUAUUUUUAAAGUAAUUGACAUAAUAACCAAAAUACAAUCUGAGACGCAAAUAAAAUCUCGUAGUCGUGAAAACACUAAAUCGUGUAAUCGUAUAUAUAUAAUAAUAAAAUGUGAAAUCUAAAUCAUUAAAAACAGGAGUUCGUUGGGGCCAUCAUUGACGAAUUUUUAUCUAAUAAAAUAACUCAAAUGGAUCAUAUUAUAAAAAAAAAUGUAUUUUAAAAACUUACCUUCAACUGCCUGAACUUCAAUAACAAAACAUUUCAACUUGAAUAUUAUUUAAUAUUUAUAAUAUAUUGUACUUUUUUUUUUAAUUGAACUUUGAAACAAAAAUUUAUUUGAAAUUUAUUUUGCAUAUAAAAUCAAAACACACCAAUACAUUUUUAACCAACUUUUUUUUUUUUAACUCUUUUGAGACAGUUCUUAGUUGAUACGUAUUUGUAAAACGGUAGUCUUUUAGGAAUUGAAUUUUAUUUUUAAAUCAAUUUAUUUACUUUUUGACGGGAUGGCCGAAUAAUGGUUUUUGAAAUUGAAAUCGUUGAAUCCAAACUAUCCAGGUAAUAUAUAUAUAUAUAUGUAUUUGUCUAAUAUUUUACGAUUAUGUAACCUCUAAAACAAUAUUGGUUUUUUUUUCUAAAUAUAAUUUUAUAUAUAAACUUGAAAUUCAGUUUGUCUGUCUAUCUUUCCGUUAUAUACAAAUCUAUAGUUUUAUUCCGAUCUGUGAUGAAACUAUGCAUACUUGACAUCCAAGACGACAAAAAGGUCGUUGCGGUUUAUUUUUUAUCUCGAAAUUUAACCUCUAAUGGAUUACUCACCCUUGGUUGCCAAUAAAGGGUAUGCGAUUUGUGAUUAUGUUUGUGAUAAAUGAUAUUUUAAUAUGAAAACGUGAACUUUUUAGGCGAUUUCUAGGUUACCUCGGCGAUACGGAUGAAUUAAAAAAAAAAAAACACGUUUUUAUUAUUAAAUUCGAUUGUCAGCGAGGUUGUCAUAGACAAGGAAUAAAAAUGCUUUUUUAAAAGAUAAAUUGCCCGACAACAACGAUUAAUUGCUAUAGGUAUUAGGGUGGAGACGCUUUAAAUUGAAUUUUUUUGUUAUUUAUUGAUUUCUGUUAUUAAAUAAUACAACUAUAUAAAAAGCUGUUGAGAUAUAUGCCACUAUUUUAGGAUGGAAGAUGGAAGGGAGGAUAUGUGUAACAAUUUAAUUUAUAUCUGUAGUAAGCAAAGAUAUGCAUCAUUGUUAACGAAAAACUAUUCUAAACGGAGUAUUAUUAAUUGUAUUAGUUUUUUGUUGUUGUCAAAGUAACCUAGAAUUAACACAAAUUUACAACUUUUCCAAUUUUUUAAGAAAACUACUUGGAAAAUAAAAAAAAAAUGACUUUCUCAAUGUACCAACUAAAUAAAUUAUGUUACAAAAAAGUUCCUAUAAAGUUUUUUAUUAUUGGAUCAAGAUUUCUGGUAGAGAAAUUACUUGCACACACACAUAUACAUAUCGUAGUAAAACCAAUAAAUCGGUUCGCUCAAAAUCUAAUACAACGUUUUAACUUUUAACCAAAUUUGCAAGUUCACAUAUCAAAUACCAUAACACAGUAAUAGCAGGCAGUCCUGUUUGUGUCUUUGUGCUUUUUUUAAGUGUACUUACGUAGUUAUAUAUCAUUUGCGGAAGACGUUGUCUAUCACAUUUUUUUUAUAGAAUAAUAAUGUAUUUUUUUGUUACAUAGAGAUAAUUUUUAGUCAUAUAAUCAUGCGAAUACAACAUACGAGUUUCGUAUUCCGUAUACUCUCGUGCUUUUUCCCCUCUCGUAUAAUAAUAUAUAAGUCGUAUCUUGUACACGUGCAGAUUUAUAUUAUUAUAGAGACUCGUACAGUAGUUUAUCUUUUGUAAUGUCAAUUCCGUAAAAUACGUCUCGUGGAUUCUGUAUAUAGGUAUACAAUGAUGUAAUAUAAUACAUAGCCCGUCGUUAAUGGACAUCUUUCUAGUCGCAGUUGCAAGUUUUUCGUAUUGUAUAUACCAAAGACUUUGUAUAAAAAUACAGACUCGGCACCGCGUAGGUAUAAUUAUCUCGAUCGUUAACCAAUACGCUUAUAUAUUAUUAUUAUACAGCUAAUUGAACGUAAAUACAAAACUAAAGUCAUUAGCGUGUAAAAAAAAAAUAAAAAAAUAAAUUUAAAAAAAAAUGUUCAAUACCGUUUUUUUUUUUAAUUUUUUUUUUUUAUGCGCACAAAAUUAUUAUGAAAUUCGGUCGACGACGGCGGGGUUAUUGUACCCGUAUAUUAUUAAAGACGUGUAAGUAGUACAUAUUAUAUGUAUAUUACUACUAAGCACUAUAAAAUGUAUAAUAUUUACAAUUUAGAACCGUAUGCACGGUGGUCAGAAAUGCGUUAAUCAUUCUAUAAAAUACGCAUAUAACAAUAAUAUUAUUAUUCUAUCGAUCGGAAUUUUCGAGUUUAUCGUUCGGCUCCCGGAUACGUAUCUAUACGGAUCCUAUUCGAGUUCGGUCCGAGCUGAAACUAAACCGAGUUGGUUUUAGCAGUUUUAGGAAGUUUUUUGGAGUUUUAGAAAACAUAACUUGCCUAUUCGUCCAAAUCCGAUAAUGCUCUAAGAAAACAAGUGUUCUAAGGUAUAAAUGUAUAACCCCUAGGUCACGGUCGAUGAAAAGUCACGACGAGUCGCGUGUAUACAUACUUACCGCUUGGGCCGAACUCGGAUCGAGCCCGAAUCGAUAUACCUAAUAUUGUUAUAGAAAUCCCAAAAAGGACGUCUAUAAUCGAAAGUUUAAAAAGUGUACGCGUAAGUGACCGUCGCAGAGUCAUUUGUCGUCUCUGUUUUCUUGCGAGCGAUAUGGCAAAAAUAUGUUUUUCCCGUAUAACAAGACCUUUUAAAUCGGAAAAAAGAUAUAUUAUAUACAUAUAACGGACACACAAUCAGUGGGUAGGUUCUGUAGGUUCGGGCCUACCCACUUUUCUCCGAAAAUUAACACAAUUUCGACAUCAAAAAUCUGUAUUAAUCUUUACUAUUCAAACAUUUAUAUUAUUUUAUCUGGCCUACUCAGACAAAUAUUUCUAACUACGUCUCUAGACAAAAUAUAGUGUAAUAGUCUCUAUUUUUGGGGAAAAUUUGAUAUAAAAAAAUCAGCUAAAAUUAAAUUCUAAAAAGUUACCCGACCGAUCUUGUGUAAACAUUUCACUCUGAAUUCUAUUGUUUUCACAGUUCUUAUCACGAACUCAAUCGAAGGAAAAUCGGUCUGAAUAGUAUUGCUAUGCUGCGGAAGAAUUAAUUAUCUUUGGCACUCGGUGGUGUGAUACACUUAAAAAAAUGUAUUAUGAUUGUGUUGGAUCUGUGUAGUCUGCUCGCACACGACGAUUUUAACCAUAUAAUACGCCCACAAAAUCGCUGUUGUCACCACCAGACGCCGAACACAUUGUUUUAUUUUAUGAUAUCAAUUCUAUUAGGUUUUAUUUUUAAAACUCGUAAAUAUAUACACACUCACACACAUGUAUACUGCACAAUCUGUUUGUUUUUUUUUUUUUGAUAAACUGUCCGAGUGAUAGAGAAAGUGAAUCGCACGCGUCGUCGUGAUUAUAACGUGUCGUAUACAGCGACUAUAUCCGGAGACUAUGAUAAUAUUGUUUCGUUUACGAUAUAUUUUUAUAGUAUAAUUAUUGCAUUUUUCGUUCUUUUAGUAGAAUUAUUCCCCCAAACGGAGACUAUUGCACUGUGUUUAUUUUUUUAACCUACUUUUGAAAAGUUUUAAUGGUUCCCCGCGGACUAAAUGAGCUCAAACUUGAGAGUUAGAGUAUAGUUUUAUCGAUGAAUCGAAGUGAUAAAAAUUGGGUUGGAUUUCAAUCACGUGGUGGAUUUUCAAAAUUUUUCUGCGAUGGGAUCUGAAAAAUCAUAUGUACUUGAAAGGUACAAAUAAAAGGUAAUUAAAAGGUAAUUAAUAGAUACUUCUUUUUUGAACGACAUUUUAUUGAAAUUAUAUCGGUGUAGAGAGGGGGUCCACAUCCACUGUACACGCUCCCUCUUCUCCAUAAAUCGUUCACUGAUUUUAAUACGUAAUUUAGUAAUUUAUCAUAUUGUAUUGUGGUAGGAGAGUAUUUUUUAGCAUUGAACACACUUAUAAGCCAUCUAAAUGAAGCAAGGAUAAUGUAAUUAUUUCGUUAGAAUAUCUACAUUAUAGAAUCAAGAACGUUCAACUUUCAACCUCUAUCCAUAUCAUUUUUAUGUUCGAAUUUCGUUAAAUUUUUGGAAAUUUCUUGAAUACAAAAAUAGGCGGGUGGCGGGUAUUCAAAUCUACAGUGAGGGAGUUUUGCUGCUCGCGGUUGUUUUCUUUUUCUUUUUUUUCAAAGAGUAUUUUUCGAUAAAGGGGUAGUAGGCCUCGGUUACAGCCCGAGUAGUACUGAUGGCAAACUCUGUGCUCGAAUACAAAUAAAAACGUACUGUAAAAAAUGAAAAAGUACCUCUCAUUACGGUCGAAAGAAAUUUCCUAUUUAGUUUCUAAAUUUAACCACUGCUUCGCGUGACUUCGUGCCUAUUAUAAUAUUGUUGACGGUUCAAAGUUCAACGUUCGUCGAACCGACCACAACACCGACACUAUCACGAUUUAUCAUAAUAUUAUAAAUAAUAAUAAUAAUAAUAGUGAUAUUAUAUUCGGAUCCGACGAUGGCGUAGAUGUUUUGCGAGUGUAUGUGGGAAUAUUAUACUAUCGCAAGUAUGUAGAAUGUAGAAAAAAAAAAAAAUAAUAAAAAAUGUAUACAUAUUAGUAUAGACAAUUAUUAUGCAUUAUUAUAUAAAUAUAUAGGAUUAUUGUUAUUAUAUUGUAUGGAGCGAUGGCGCGUUAAAUAAAUACAUAGGUACACGUGGUUCGCCGUGCGAUGCAGUUAUUUAGAAAAUUGCAUACCUAGGUGUAAAAUUAUCAGCGAAAUAUCAUUAUAAUUGUCGUCACCCGGUACCGCCGAAUCGAAAAUUCCGAUAUUUCGUAUAUAUUCCAUAUCGAUGUUGUUCUAGGCGCAGCGUUUAGGGGAGUCAUAGGGGCCAUGCUACCCCUAGAUAUAAAACUACCUAUAAAUAAUAAUUUUUUUCAAAAAUUUGUAUAGAAGUUCAGAGUGUUAAUAAUAAUUAUAGUUACGGCCUCUGUAGAUAGUUGUGCUAUCACAUUGACUGAUUAACGGCCUGGCCGUGUUAGUUAAAAGUAUAAUUUUUGAACUAAAAGGAUAUUGCCCACCCCCUUCUCUAGAAGACGAAUCAAGUCCGCCACUGGCGUGUUCGCGUGCGUCCGCAUUCUCCGUCCGCGAUUUCGGCCGUUAAAAAAAAAAAAAAUAAAUAAAAUAUCGGGGCCUAUAGCGUUCUUUAUCGGGUCGGCGAAUUCAGGAAACGUCGGAACUAUAUUUUUUUUUUUCCCCCGUUCAAAUCGUUUCGGGGUCGAACCAGAAAAAUGACGCGAAACGACGGAUAAUCGAACGGGUCAUUAGCGGCUGGCGGUACGUCGAUAAUAAUGUACAGUCAGCAGGUACACACUACUCGAACGUGUUCGGUGCGAAUCGGCGGCGUGUCGAAACGGCAUUCUAAUAUCGUGAUCCGCUCGGCCACAGACGUCGCAAUCGAAUUGCCCAUUUUAGACGGCAAGCGCAAUGUUAUUAUUCGUUUGGGUAUUGUGUUCGUAUUUUGUUCCUCUGAAUGUUCCACCGGUGCCUUGUCCGUAUCGUUUAUAAACGACGCGGUAUACCGGUACACCUACGAUGUUAUAGUACACUAUCGUAUCGUACAUAUAUAUGCAUAUACCUUGGGUACUUACUUCGUUGCAUAAACGUUAAAACGCACAUUAACUCGCGUACAGUUUCGACGCGCGGGGUCCGGCUGUUUCAACGAUUUUCCGCGUAAUUUUCCUGUAAAUCCGUCUGCCGACGCAGCGGAUUACUCGGCAGUCUGAUGCGAGUUUUGAAACACUUUUUUUUUCGUUGGGACACGCUGGCUAUGCUGCGAUUUGAGAUACAUCCACCCGUCACCCAUUGGCUACACAAUUGCAAGUAUUUGAAUCUUAUAUCAUUUACCAUUAUUCCGAAAACAUCAUAAAUCACGAUUUUACCGUUCUCUAGCGGCGUUUUAUAGCAGUUUCAAAUGUAUUUAUUUUUUAAUAUAUACUAUGGAUAAUGUUUUGUACAUUAUACUUAUUUCAUUAUUUGAUUAAAAUCACGUUCAGAAUAUACAAACAUAAUGUCUUUGGAUAGUGAAAAAGAAUCUUUGUAUUUCCAUCUCAUUUACCAUCCAUUCAUCAUCUAUAGUCCGCACGCCAAAUUGUGUACGCAUCACGAGCUUAUAAUAUGAUAAGUAGACAUUUGACGAAAACCAUACGGAAUAUAACGAAAUUCUUAUAUACUACUAAAAGGUGAGUUUUCUGUGACGAUUCCCUUUUAUACAUUUGUACUUGAUUAAAAUCAAUAAAUGUGGUGAGGUACCAUUUUAAAGAUUUAAAGUUUCUCCUCUUCUGACUACGAAUUGUUAAUUUAGAACUGUAGAAUUUAUUGCACGGUUCAACUAGUAGUAUAGGCAACCUAGGUAACAAUAGCGUUGAAACUUGAAAGUAAAACACACAUUUUAGCCGAACAACCCGCUUAAUCACUGGCCUCUCGAGCGAAUGAAUUGUUCAGCGAUUGUAAAUUAGAAACUUAAAAAAACCAGCGGUUGACCAAUCUGAUGAAUUUAGGAACACACGGUUUGUAAACGUCCGCGAUCGAUGUUUCGAUUCAUUACUCAACGGCCGUGGAACCGAAACCCGCGUAGCCCCGAUUUUCGCGCAAGUAGGUCGACUUUUGUUUCAUUAUUAUUUUGGCGCAAACACGAUACCGAUAAUAGUAUAUUAUAUCUAUACGGAUAUACACUAUCAAUAAUUAAAUAAUAAUUUGUCCUCCGGGCGAUCCGGAGCGUUUUAUGUGCUAAAUUUACCGUUACGGUGGACGUAUAACACAUGGUAGUAGUAUACAGGAUGAUAUUAAUUUUUUACCACGAGGAUUUUAUGUAAUACAUUUAAUUUGUGUUUCGUUUUUCUUUCAAACGUUUCAUACGAAAUCGUUCGAGCUUAUAUUCAUAGUUCAACAUUGGUUUCAAAUUUGUAAAUUGAAUAUUAUAGUGUCGAAUCUGGUUUGAAGGAGAAUGGAUAAUGUAUUUGUUUUGUAUAUGUUUUGGUGUUCGAAAUAAUAGUACCUACUUAACAUUUUAAAAAAAUAUUUAUAAUAAGAACGUUUCUAUAGCGAAUUUUUUAUUUCAUAUCAUAUGCCGCUGCAGGUGAAUCAUAUUUAGGGGGGGAGGGGUACAUAGUUAACAGAACAAUUGUCGGUAAACUAAAACAAACGAUAAUUAAGCUAAUAUAAUAAUAAUGAUUCCAAGGUAACAUAGCCAAUCCAUCGUCUCAUUUUCAUCACCCUUGCGCAAUCCAUUUAUGUACGCUCCCCUAAAAUCUCGUUCUGGGACAUCCCUCAACAAUGCGUACACCUAUUUUUGAUUUUCCAUUUGUGUAGGACUUGUAUAGGAGAUAAUUACAUUUACGAUGCUACGUGCCGACUAUGACGGACUGAAAAUUUUUCAAAAAAAUCUUCGUAUGUAACCGUUAGUUCGUGAUAAAAUCACUCUGUGUAUAGUAGUUUAUCGCGUAUAAUAUUAUUAUUAUUAUUAUGGGUUUUUUCCUUUCGCGUAGGUAUGUGUAAUAAAAAUUUGGCAUUUGUCCAUUAUCGUCAUGAUGUUUUAUUAUACAUAUUUUAUACGUCGCGUGCGCGUCACGUGGACGAUUUUCGAUUUUUCAGUAAAACCGAAAGGACUGGCGGCGGCGCCUUAGUCACAACAGUAUAAUAAUAUUUAGGUGGGUAUACCUGCCAAUUAUUGCUACAAUCGCGUGUUCUCAGUUUUUCCUCCGUACAUUAAUAAUCACCAGCUACUAUUAGUCAGCUAAAUAUACUAUUCGAAUACUUUUCUUUGACACACAAUGAUUAAUCGCGUGUGCAUAGUAAUUAUUACCUGUAUGCACGUGCGUACUGUAGCAGCGGCGUUUGUGUACAUACACCGUGUUCUGGAUGACGUCACGGUAGCCGCCAAUAAUAUUAUAUUAACCGCACUUCCUAUUGUCGCCCGAUGCUGGAAUCGUCGUUCAAUACGAUUUAAUAUAAUGGGAUAUUAUAGGUGAUGACUGAGACAGUGGUUUUCGACCUUUUACGAAUCGCGCGACUCCCUAAUUUUAUUUUUUAUUUUUCAUUCAUGACGACCCCUUCAAAAAUCGUUUAAUAGAACUUGAAUGAUACGAUGUACAGUGUAACAUGAUACUUAUGGUUUUUGGCGACCCCCUAACCACUUGCGACCCCUUUGCGGGGUUGAAAACCACUGCAUUAAGGAAUAUUAUGCACUAAUGUUAUAUGCGUUUCAUGUCAGAGUUUCGUUCUUUUAUUGUUCAUUGCGAUAUAAGCGUCGACGACCAUGAUAAUAUCAAUAAAGUGCCGUCGCGAAUUCGAACUUUCGAUGCACACACGUUGAUUGUUUCUAGACUGUUGAAUUUAUACACUGCAGGUACAAGUUAUCAUCACGACGUUUUAUGAUCACGUGCCAAGAUGCUGAUUUUCUGAUUGGUGCAUGUUCAAAUCUAGCAAGAAAUCGAGCGCGGUAAACAGCACAUGUUCUGCUAUCGUGAAAACCGGCAGUGACGUCACUAAAUCCAUUUCACGGUUGUCAUUAAAGUUUCCCUAAAAUUCAUUAAGUUUCCCUUAUUUUGAUACAACAAACUACUGCUAUCAGAACUCAGACCUUUCGAAUAUAGAUUCCAGUAAGUCUGAGAACCGUAUAACAGAAUAUGAAAACACGAUGCUAUAAAUACCUACCUCCUUUUUUUUUUAAGCUAAGUUCGUUAAAAAAAAGUUUUUCAAGUUUGUUUAACACGUACAAUACAGGUAUACUUAUAAAUUCUAAAAUGUUAUGUGUAAACAUUAGUAAUAAACACUUCUGAAUAGUUUAUAGUUUUACACUUUCGAAUGAUUUAUUCGAAUCAUUUUUUCUGUAACCGAAUAGUUUGGCCUAGAACACAAUACAAAUUAUUCGAAUAGUUCGAUAAUAACUAUUCAGUUGUGCACAUAACUUAGUAAACACUAUUCGAUCUCUCUAUCUAUUACCGUUUAUUACUUACCCGUUAGGUACAAAAUAUGAUUAGCGUAAAACGUUCGGUAUAGGCGUAUAGCUCACUUCAAACUGUGUUACUAUAUUAUUACUAUGUUGCUAUUCAAAACUAUAUUUGUCCUAUAAUAUUAACACUUACGCACACGUGUGUAUAAUUCCCGCGUAAAUAAACGAUAUUAUACGUAUUAUUUCUUAUUUUCUGUUGUGAAUUUUUUUUUAUUCUUCCUCGUCGUUUACUCGCACCUGUGUGUGUACAUAUAUUUACAAUAACAUUGUAAUUGGUGUGUGUGUGGCACUGUGUCGAAAUCACCAUCGUCGUAGCCGCACGUCGAACAAUAGGUGAAAGGAAAAACAAUGGUUAUUAAAAAAAAAAUAAAAAAAAAAAAUCUUGAUUCCUUGCAAUAUUAUAUGAAUAUGCGUAAAACAUCGGCGUGUCUUCGAAAACCGUUUUCCUAUAAUAAUAUAAUGUACAAUGUGAUGUGUUAGUGUGAAAUCGCCUAGAAACAGCGUUAUAUUUACAACUAGGCACCUAUAUGCGAAGCUGGACAAGUAAGCAAGUUACUAAAUUUUAGUACAAGAGUAAGUCAAGUUUUUAAUAAUAUAGAUAAGUUACAAAAAAAAAGUUAUAAGUUUGUUGUUCCAGUAAUCGGAACUGAUUAGUUCAACAUGUUUAAAUUUCUACAAGUAUGUUUAAUAUAAAUGGUAUCAAAAAUGUAGAUACAUUAAAAAUAAAAAUUUUAAUCGUAACAAGUAUGAUAACGCGCAAUGAAAUUAUUUACUGUUUCCAAUACAAUAUUAUUUUGUACAAUAAUAAUCGUACGGAGUGGUGCAGUUAACAUUCAAGUUUUAUCGGGUAACUGUCUUAUGUUUGACUGUUGCUCGUAAUAUAUGCACUAUGCAAUGUCCAGAAGGCUCGUCUAUUAAGGUCUACGGUAUCGUCGAAAACAACACGUCUGUUGCGUAACUGUCGAUAUCAUUGAUAUUAUUAUUAUUAUUAUUAUUAUUAUAAAUGUCUUAUUACGUUUUGGCCUGUUUUAUUCAGUAUUUUUUUUAGUCAUUAUAUUUAUACAUAUGGGAUAUAAAACAACUAAAAAUUACUUUUCAAUUACAACACAGUACACAAGUCGAUUGUAUUACAAUUCGCAGUAACAGAUCCAGGUCUUAAUUUUUUUUUUAAUUUAAAAAAUAAUUUCACUUAUAUUCAAUUUAGGCCAAACAAUAAAGGGGAAAUUCCCCCCAUUCGUCUUCCUCUGGAUCCGCCACAGACACAAAGUAACUUUUUAUUGACCAUGUUAUUAUACAAAUACAUCUCGUCAGAUAACAUUACAGUAAUAAUAAUUGUUGGGAAAAAAAAAAAAAAACUUUAUGUAACCCACGCGAAACGUUUACUACGAAACGUUCUGCAGCGUACCUACUCAUCAAUUGCGCGAACAAUAUGAAUAUUUUCCGUGUACUCGUACACAAUAUAUCAAAACAAACGAGUAAAUGGAAAUAAUUGAAGGUUACACUUAAAAACCAACGGGGUUAUUAUUAUUAAAACAAUUAGUUUUAGAUAAGUAUAAUAUUAUUAGACUUAAUUUCACCGUCGAAAGUGAAUUUCCUGUUAAUUGUUCAAACAAUCAAACGCGGAAAUUAAAAUGCUAAUCCGUAGGUACAUCUGGUUUUUACGCCGUACAGUAUUAUUAAAACGAUUAACCGCGACUUGAAAAUAAAUUUAGUUUAGAGGACGAACCGCGCGGCCGUUUCCAGUUUCUCGUGUGUGGGUUUUUUAAUGCGCCGCGCGCCGUCGUUUUUUACUAUCAUUUAUCAAAAAUACUAUAAUACCAUUUUAAUAUUAUAGGCGUGCGUUUAUUAUUAUGCAGUUUGUAAUACGAGUUACACAAUGUUUCUCCAUACCGGUAUGUAAAAUAACGCGAGUGGGACAAUAUUAUUAAAUUUAAAUGCACAAUAUUACUAUUUUCCGCCACAGUCUCCUACUGCAGAUUGUCAUCCGAAUAUUAUCCCGCGUACAAUAAUUUGUUAUUUGCUCCGUAUUAUUAUGCGCGUUUAUAUUAUGAAGGUGCGUCCAAUACGACCAAGGUAAAUGAGAGCAAUCGCACGAGCAUUCUAACCGAAUUUUCUGCUAGACCACAAUAUAUGCGCGGUUCACUUACGCGUGCACAUUUGCCAUAAAAUAUUUGUUUCAGUAUAUCAGAAUUUACAAUAAAUUAUGCCGUCGAUUGCAUUAUUUAAUAAAUAAAUUUAAAAAAAAAAAAAAAAAAAAAAAAAAAAACAGGAAAAACGAAAACGACCUCUUCCGAAUUAAUUUUCUUAGCAAUAUCACAGUAUAAUACCUAUGUCAAAUUUGUUAUUUUGUUUACUAAAUAUAUACUCAGGGUGAGUCGGAUUCCACAAAAUUGAAUGUUCUUCACAUUAAUUAGUUCAAAUGUAUUAAUUUAAAACAUUGGACAUCCUUACGCAAUACUUUUUGAACUCAAUGUUAACUAACAUGGACGAUUCGUGUCCAACUUAGAUUAUAAAUGUUUUUGGUGUACCGUUUUCUCGUGCUUAGACGGCCGAACUCACAUUCGUUCAGUGACGAGUUUAAUUUUAACCAAGGCAUAUUGAGUACUUUUCUAUAUAAAAUGUGUAACAGGUCUCUUUGCCUUAAACUCAACCGAGAGUCGCAAUCGUUGAAAUGCUCUAUUAUACGCUUGAGAUAGACAGAGAAAACAAAUUAUGUGUAGAGACUCCUUAAAGUCAAUACAGGUAUGUGUAGAAAACAAAUAUUAUGGUUUUUUUUAAAAAAAAAUUGUAUAUAUUAUAAUCACAUUUAUCUUAUACCGAACACAAUGAUUUUGUUGCAACGUGUCGACACGUUAUGGGACCAACAAUAGACCGACCAAAUAUGUAUUUAAAUAAUAUUAGGCAUAUUUAUCAAUAUUAUUUACUUUAGCUAUUACUAUAUAGUGCAGUGGUUGGUUCUCUUAAGUGUUCGAAAACCUAUAAUAAAUCUUAAAAUUUAAUAUUAUAUCGACUUCUAUUGGUUAGGUUAUCUAUUUACUAUAGUUUGUUUCGUUUUGGUACCUAUGAGGAAAUGUUCGUGUUCAGUUUAUUGUCUACUACGACGCGCAGUGAAAUAAUGACUCAAAGUCGAGAUAUAAAUAUAAGUUUAACAUUUUUUCGACGUACUAUAUUAUUUCGAACAUCAAAUCAUUUAUUAUAUUAUCUGUACACUAUAUAGGUACCUAACCUAGUUUCAUAAUCUCAUAUUACAAUUAUAAUUCCUUACUUUAUACUAUAAUCUAUAAAUAUGAAAUAAUAUUCGGUACUUAUUUAUUUUCGUCUCGUUUUCAAUCGUUCGAUUGGUUCGCUGCAGCAGUUUUCCAUGCUCCCCAUUCAUAACUCAAUUCAUUUAACUAUUUGUAAAUAUCCUUAUUCACGAUUUUCACGAUUUUUUUUGUGUACUCCAUCCUUGGUUUUCUUCUUCCAAUAUGACUUCUAUGUCAUCUUCUGUGAAGCAUUUCGUUCAGUUAUUGUCACACGAUAUAUUAAAUAUAAAAAAUCUAAAAAAAAUAAAAAAUAGUGCUAGCGAUAACAGAUGAUUACAUAAUAUCGGGCGGACCUAGACAUCCUCACUUGGUAUUUCAUUUUCAACUGAUUUAAUCGUAAUACAUUAUAGAUGCGGUAAUUUGCCUGUAAUUUGUCGCUUAUAAUUUUUUCAUUAUGCCAAAGUUUACGUUUUUUCUUUAUUUUUUUAAUUAUUUUUUUCUGUCCGUUUAAUCUUAAGAAUUUGUCGAUAAUACCGCAUUUCAAAAGUCUCUAGUUUUUUUCUUUACCAUAUUAUACUCACGACUUAUAAAUUAUAAUUAAUAUAACGAAAAAUAUUAUCAUUUACUAGACAAGUAAUUACUUACCUAGUAACGAUACGCAGAACAGUAACACAACAAUAUACGAGUAUUAUAAUAAAAUUUAAUAUAAUAAUAAUAAUAAUAUAUUUUAAAACAAUUAUUAGUUUCAUAAUCGAUUCCACGUAAUUAUUAUUAUAUUCCCAUCGUUUUUUUGUUUUAUUAUUAUUAUUUAUGCAAGUAAUUGUAUAAUACGUGUAUUGUAUAUAUAUAUGUAUAUUUAAUUAUUUAACGAAAAAAAAAAACAAUUUCGAAUCUAAACUUUCACGCGUAUACCUAUUAAUUAUAAUACUAUGCAUAUUAUAAUAAUAUUUAUUUCUCGUGUACACCCGAAAACAAUACUAUUCUAAUUCGUAACGCAGAAAAAAUAUAUGCAAUAAAUAAUAAUUUCGGUAUGCCUACUAUUAACUCGGUACCAUUAUAUUAUUAUAGACAAUAUAUUAUUCAUGGAUUCUUAUACAGUGUUAGUUUUUUUUUUUUUUUGUAUCUUAAUUUGUUUUUAAAUUUUUUAGUUAUACGUGGUCUAUUAUGCAAACACAACGCGCGAAUAGUUUUGUAUGUACCUAUCAGUUUGGCGUAUACUACACAAUAAUAUAUAUUUUAAUAUUAUAGCGGCGAAUACUUGGUGGAUAAAAAAAAACAUUUUCACGUUCGUCGAUAGGUAUGUACCUAACGUAAUAACUAAUCUUGUUUUUUAAAUAUAUAUCCGAAUCAUAAAUAUUGUGUUUUUCACGGACAUCACGCGAUCUAGUAUCGAAACAAUACUUUAAUUAAAGCAAUUAAAAUUGUGGGUCGAUGGAGAUGAGAAGGGAACCCUAAAAUACUAAUAAAUAGGGAUAAACGACUUGUGUAUAGCUGUUAAUGGAAAUUCUUCGGUGGUAGUGGUAUUCUAUAUUGUAAAUGAAUUAAGAUAUCUAAGGUUUCCAAAAACAUAUUUAAAUAAAAUUCUUCGUGAAGUCUAUUAUAAUCUAUUUUUUUUCCUGUAAAUACACGUCCGAUUGGUUUAAAUUAGCAGUUUGUGGUGGGAUUUAAGGGGUUACACGCUGAAAAAUUAAUCACUGUAUUUUUUGUUUAAUAUCUCCUCCUUCCAACCCCUGAAUCAUUGCUGUUCACUUUCUUUCAUCUCGGCCGUCAGUUUUACUACAGUAUCUUUAUAAUCAUUAAUAUAAUGUUUAGAAUAAAAAAAUUUAAAAUUGAAACUUUCAACACAAAUAAUAAUUAUUGUAAAUUUUGCAGUUAGAUAUGGUUUGUAUCGUUUUCAAUUCUGGGAAAUAUUUUCUAAAAUAGUAAAUAGUUGUUCGUAUAAUAAGAAUAAUUAUUUAUUUCACAAUAGAUUUUUGGACAUAAUUUUGGUGUACGCGUGAAAGUGAUUAUUGUUUCGCAGUAAACUGUUUAUUUAUUAGAAAAAAAUAAUUUUUGUUUAAAAAAUUACGAGUCGGCUUCAUAAGGAUAUCUAUGUCGGAAAACAGACACUGACCAAUAAUCUGAUAUCUCGGAGGUGAUGAUGAUUUAAAUAUCAUAAUAAUAUUUUUGAUUAUUAUGAAGCAAACAUAAUAUAUUUUCGAAUUACUGUUAGUCGUAUUGCACAGUCGAUACUAUGACAUUAACAUAAUAAUAAUGUAUUAUUGAGCAUUGUAAAAACAAUUAUAUUAGUAAUAAAUAAUAACAGUUACAAUCUUAUAAUGUAAUAAAAUUAAAAAAAAAAAAUCAAACGGCCUUAAGUUUCGACCUGUUUACCUAUAGUUUUAUACCAUUAUAACUACAAGAAAGUACUAAAUCGAUUUGUAAUGAAUUAUUGACUGUCUAUUUUUUGAUAAUAAUAAUAAAUCGAUAUUCGUGUUCAUCGAAUAGUGUUGUUUUUGCCAUCGGCAACACGUGAUUGAGAUAAAAUCAUUGUUAAUUUAUUAUUACAGGGUGCUCCAUUUUUAAAGCGUUACACACUAUAUAAUCGUCAUAUACCUGCAUAAUAGAAUAUACGUUUUGAUAUUCCUAUACAAUACCUAAAUAUUAUAUUUUUGCACAUUUUAAACAAUUUACCAAUACACAGCUGCAGCGUUGAACUAGUAGACAAAAUUACUAAAAUUGUUGAAAGGGAUGAGGGGUAAGGUAUCGUCAUACCAAUCUACAUUUUCAAUAAAAUAUCCUGUCCCACGAAACGUUAGAAAAAAUAUUUUGUAGUAUGCAGUGACGCAUUCAGUAGCGGGGUUAGGAGACCAAUUACCCCCUCUCGCCAAAAAUGUCUUCCUUCACUUUAUUUUUACUUUUAUUUUAUCAAGUUUUACACUCAACAACAUAAUAUCUUAUGCAACAGUAUCAAAUAAAACUUAAUUUCAUCAAAAAUCAUUUUUUCAGUAAUAAUAGUGAUAGUAUGCACUAAUAAUGUAUGCGUUAUGCCUACUAGGAAAUUAUUCUAAGCACACACCCCCCUUCCGGAAAAUAAUCCCGCGUGCGCUACUGACAUUAUGGUAACAUUAUUAUUAUUUAUAAUUGAUAAGUAAAAUCUUACCAAACAAAAUAAAGUAAUUGGUAAAUAGGUACCCAAACAAAUUUGAUUGUUCUACAAAAAUAGUGUCCUUGGUAUUCAAAAAAAAUACUGCGUUAAAUGGGACCAUUGUGAAAACGAAAGACAUACUUACAGUAUUAAUAGUCGGAAUAUCGAACGAAUACGGAGAAAAAACUGCUUAUAUUCGGUUAAACGUAUCGCAAAAAAACAAACGGGAAGAAAAGAGUUCGUCGAUUAUCGAUUUAUUAUUAUUAUAUCAAUUUACAUGGUUCCGUUUAUUAUUCAUCCGUGAUAACCUCUCGCAGCGCUACCUCGUAUUAUACGACGUGACCAGACAUGAUACAAUUAUUUUUAUUAUUAGUUAUUAUUAAAUGAGAAUUUAAUCAUACGAAUUGCAACAGUGACAUAUUCGCAACAAUACAAAUAAUAUGAUAACGCCGCGGCCUGUGUAAAAAAAAUUUAAAAUAUAUAAGUAAUAAGUAUUAUACUACCCGUCAAUGUCAUCAAUUUAGGCGAUGACAAGAUUGAAAAUUUAUAAAAUAUCUGGGUUCGCUUGAAAUUUAACUUAAAAAUUAUUAACUCUUACACAUGAUGUUUAAGAGCCUAUAAAAUGACCUAUAUGAUAGCUACGGGUGCACAUAAUAGUGUAAUUUUUGGGGACGCCAACAAAUUAUACGGUCAUACGAUUGAGAAACCAAAUUGUUACCAUAAAUUAUGGAGAGAUUUCAAUGUGUAAUGUUAGUUUUAUUUUUUUGAAGUGGUUCAAGUGAAAUUGUUAAAGAGCAUCUGUAUCACUAAAGACGUUAACACCAAAUGUCAAAAGUCGGUUAAAACUGUUAACCAAUAAAUAAUAACUCAAUGUGUAAUUAACACACACAAACGUUGUACAACAUAAACAUAAAAGCAGAAUACCUCUACUAAAAUAUAAAAAAAAAAUCCCAUAAGUCACGAAGUUGACUGAUCUUCACUGUUGCAAAGCAGGUGAUUUUUUUUAAAUUUUUACUCGAGCCAAUCGGGCGGCCCUUUCUUUUGAAACCUCAACGUGCGGUGACGAUCACGGGUCACGGUGGUUAUUUGGGGGGGGGUUUCUACGCCGGCGUACGUGCAAAUUAUAACACGUGUAAUACGUAUAAUAUCAUAUUGUUAUACCCACUAUUAUUAUUAUUACUGUUGUUAUCUAUAUCGUAUAUUGAAAGCCGAUACGCGUAUUCUUACGGUGUACCCGCCCGCGUGUCGACCAAAAAUCACCGGACGAAAAAAGAGACAAUAAUAUCCGCGCGCGAUCGCCGAAAACUGUCGUUUUCUCGUACGUCAUAUUAGAAUAAUAACACGGCUAAAUUAUUAUAACGUAACGCAAACAAUCCGUCGUCGGCGGCCAUUAUAUUAUUGUACAAGAACAGUAUUAUUAUAUUAUAUCUAUAUUUACGAUUUUUAUAAUAAAAAUAGGUACUAAUAUCGUUUACACGGCCCACGAAUCACGUGGCACGCGAGGAGAGAUUUAUUUUUAUUUUUUGGUGCAACGACCGAUUAUCGAAAAGAGGGAGAUCGCAAACCGUAAAUGUGUAAUCGAGACCUUGUAUUUAUAACAAAAAAUAAACGGACGACAAUCGUGAAAAAGGAUAUAAGUCACAUUUACUGAAAUUUAAAUAUUACGCGUCAAUUUGGCAGGAAAUUUCACGACGGAUCGAUUGGUGGCACUGAAAUUCGUCUUUUUUUAAUAUCAUAAAGUGACUUAUUUUCGUUUUUUAUCGAAUGCCGUCCAAGUAUUAUUAAUUAUAGGUAUACAUUCAUUAAGCUAUGUAGAAGGCAGUAGUUUAUUUAGGAUUUUGCUCAAGAGAGAUAUUAUAUUGAAUUUUAAUAUUUAAUAUAGCGUGUAAACUAACAUAUACCACAUUUUUUUAUUUUUCUAAUUAAAGAAUUAAUAAAUUCGAAUUUCAAAAAAUAGUCAGUUAUGGAUGUAAUAAAUACUAGAAAAGGUCAAGGGGGAUACCUAAUCUUCUUCCUUAAAUACGUCACUGCUGGAGGCACUUAUUUUUCAAUUAGUGCCGCCUACUUUGUGUAUGUUGAAAUAUACACUGAGCCACCGAUGCUUUCUUGUAGGUAUUUAUAUAUAUUUAUAUACAUAUUAGAGAACAACCGUGGCGUGACCCGAAGAGUAAUAUUUUUUUUCUUUCGAAAGUUUGGAAAUCUAACGUCCGAAACAUAUCGAAAAAUAAUGUUGAAAUAUCACUUUUUCGGCGUUUUGGAAUCGACGACGGUGGUAUGGGCACGGCUUCAUUAAUAUUAUAGGAUACCAGUUUUACAACUUAAGCUCUUAUACGGUAUACUGCAGUCGAACGACCGAUAUGGAGCCCCCUCGAAAUGAAAUCGAAUAGAAAAUCUUUUUGUGGGUCUUCACUUUUUUUUCUCAAUAUUAAGACGAACACAACAUAUUAUUAGGUAUACUUACGCUUAGUGUUUUAUUUCUCCGCGUCCAAAGUGCUUUCGUUUUCAUAUAGACUGCAGGCGUCGGCGAUUCACAUUAUAUCAUUGCGAUUAUAUUAUACAGUAAUAACCGCUGGAUUAAAAACAAAUAAUAAUUCAUUCGCCGUCGUCGUAUAAUAGAUUCCUAUAGGCUAUAUUAUGAUGUGGGUACGUGGUUUUGAAAUACUUAGAGAAAAAAAAAUAAUAGUAAAACACGUUUGUACAGUAGAAAUGCACAAGUUGGCUCAUAAAUCGCAAGUCAACGAUGAUGGUUUAAGGAAUUUUUACUCGUAGACUCUAUACUUAUUUAGUUAUUUAGAAAGAAAUAAUAUAUAAUAAUAAAAGAAACUUUAUCGAUCAGUGGGAAAAGGGAAAGGAAAAAACUUACAAUCGAAAUUACUCAACAAAACGCGUAUAUGUUUUUGAGAAGAUUUCGAUAGCCCCACAAUUGUAUAAAACGUAUUUAUUUGGUACCUACCUUAUCAUAUCGAUCGUUGAAUACCGUAUAAUCUUCUUAUACAUGAAAUUGAAAUUUUGUCUGUCUGUCCGUUAUGCGAAUCUAUAGUUUUAAUCCAAUCUCGAUGAAACUUUGUACACUUGACAUUCAAAACAAGAAAAAUAUCGCUUUCUAUUUUUUUUUAUCUCGGAAAUGAACUUCUAAAGGAUGGGUCAGAAUUUUCGGUACAUUUUGAACUAAAAUUUAAUUUUGUUUUGUUGAUUUUUGAGUUACCUUGGUGAUACGGAUAAAAAAUAGCUGUUAUUUUUAAUUUUAAAAACAUAAAUAAAGUAUAUAUAAAUUAUGCCAAACAAAUUAAUAAAUACGUAUACACACAGGAAGUACCUUUUUUAAAAGUCUAAUCAAUGGGAAAAAACGAUUAAUUGGCAUAUAAAUAACGGGAGCGAAAAGGUUCGGAAAUACAUUAAAUUUAAUUUCUUUUAGAGUUUUUUGUUUUUUGAAGAGAUUAAACUUGGGAAUUACCAAGUAAUUCAACCAUAUUAUUUAUAAAUUUAACGUUUUAAUUAAUUAUGUUUAUAGGUUCGACACGGGCAAUGACGGAUACUUGGACUUAGGAGAACUCAAGCGGAUGAUGGAAAAACUGGGAGUUCCGCAGACUCAUCUGGCGCUUAAGGCCAUGAUCAAAGAGGUGGACGAAGACGAUGACGACAAAAUUAGUUUUCGAGAAGUACGUACUUCUAUAUAUUAUAAGGAUUCUAAUAUUUAUAAAUUGAUUAUAUUUGUAAGUAUUUUGGAUUUCACAAGAUGAUGAAGUUUUCAUUGAAAUAUUUGUCCACUGCAGUUAGUAUUUCAUCUCUAAAUUGUUUUAAAAUUAAUGAGAAACCUAGGACAUUUGUAGUGAAUACCCAUUGCGUGUCCUCUCUCCUUCCAAUGAGAGUAUUUUCUACAUGAAGUAUAAUGUCUAUAUUUUUUACAAAAUCUGUAAAUUCCAUUAUUUACUAUUUAUAUUCUAGUGGAUACACAGUAACCAAAAUCUUACUUUACUGAGUGUCCAAUGAACUUAAUUGUCCAUCCAUUUGUAUCGUUCAUAUUAUAUACUGCGUACGACAUAGCAAAGUGUAUUCUUGUUAUUGCUAAAUGAUAAGCGCUUAAAAAAAUAUAAUACACACAAAAUAUGUUUUAAACUAUAAAAAAAAAAAUCAAUAAACAAGCGAGAGCGUAUAGAUUAAUAAUAAUAAUUUCUCUAUUCUAUGCAAAAUAAACACAAUAGUAAUAUAAUAUAAUAUAAUAUGAUAAUAGCAUAGGCAAGUCUAUGGUUUUAUUUUUUUUUUCAAACGUUUUCUACGCGCGCGUAUACUUAAGCUUUCCGUCGCGGCGUCGGCUCUGAUACAUAAUAUUUUAGUUUAACAAAAUUACAAUUUUUUUUUUUCAUAUAUUUACAUAUAGAUACUGAAAUAUACCCAAUCGUAUGCAUUAAUAUAAUUUUGUUUGAAAGUAACGAAUAAACCGCAGGAUUUGUAAUACAUUAUGAUACUGUUAUAAUAGGUGUAGCUGCAGCUAGGUUUGCCUAUGCACUAUACCUAAUAACCGCAUUGCAUAAGAUCCCGCGCACUUUUUGUACACACAUGUAAUAUAUUUACACCUAUAUUACGUACGUCUGGCAAAUGUUGUGUACAAUAAUAAUAACAAUGAUUUAUCCUAUAACAAUCGCGUGGUGUGUAUAAUAUUAUUAUGCUGUUUUCGAUUUUUAAGACUUUCUCUGCUGCGCUGCAGCUUGUUCCGAGAGGAUGACGAUGGUACGUUUUUUUUUUUACGGUACCGCCGCGCGAUGCAUGGGAAUUGAUAGUUAUUUCCGCCUGCGGGUCAUUUUGCCGGAUGUGAAUAUUUUUUAUUUUCGUAAUUCGGAAUUCCGGGCGAAUCAUGUAUAGGAAAUGUAGACGCAGCAUAUUAUUGUAGUUUUGUACUUAUACGGCGGCAUAAGUGAGAUCCUUACAGAGGCGAUUUCGGAUCGAAAUUUAUAAAUAAUAGGUAAUAAAAUAUUUCACCGAAAACAAAAAACAGCACACAGCAACAGCACAAAAGCUAAAACAAAAGUAUUGGUCUUCCCACUGUAGCCAAAGGCUGUGCUGUGAUGGGUAUAUAGUUCUAAAUAUAAUAAUGGAAUAAAGAGAAAACAAAACAAAUUUGUUAGAUACAGUUUAGGGAGGUUAAAACAGGAUUAAAAAUUUCGAAUUUCGAGCGACGAAUUAUUAAUCAAUUUGCAAAAAAAUUUUUCAAUAGAAAUUUCAAAGUCGUGGUGCUAGGGUAAGGGCGUAUAAUGUGCAAAUCGCAGGGACUGCAUACAUAGGAUGCUCCAGAUACAAAUGGUUAACCCUACGCUCUAUAUUUAUGUGCCACUCAAAAUAUACUUUUUGGAAUAUUUCUUUAUAUUAAAAUCAUAGUUUUAAAUGGUUUAUUUGUAAAAUAUCUGUGAAAAACGAAAAAAAAUCACCAGAGAAUUUCUAGCAGAAUUCUCCUACACGAAAAAGACUCAUUCGAUUUUUUCCAAAAAUUAUCGCUACCUAUCUAUCAUUGAUAUUUUUGGUUAAUCAUGUACAAAUUUGCAAUUUCGGUAUUAAGCAUGAAUUUGUGUUUACAUUUUUUACAUUAAUUUAAUAAUCUGAUUAGAAAAAUAAUGCUAAUUUGAUAGAAAAAUAUUGAUGAGAAUUUUGCUGAACAUUUUGCAGUACCAAUGGUUUAUUUUAUGGAUAUUUUACAAAUAAGUUUUCACAUUCAAAAAAAAAAAAAAAAUCUAAAAAAUCUAUUCUAAGAGUUGGCUACUUAUUUAUGGAACAACGUGUAUAAAUUUAUAACAAUAAAACGAUAAUCUGAAAUUUUACCGUCAAGUCGUUCGAAUGAUUUUUUUUAUUUCGAUCACAUGACUAUCGACUAAAGAAAACGACACUGCAAUAUUCGUCUAAAUUUUACUACUCCCUCGUGUUUUUUUAGUUCAUAUAAAUAGAAUUUUAAUGUUAAAUAAUAAAUAAUAUAUUUUAUUCUGUUUCUGAAAAUUUGUCAAUCAUUUAUUGUAUAUUGCGAUUAUAUAAUACUAAAGCUAUGCGUUUUCCAAGAUUCGGAAUAAUUAUUGUAGCGGAUUCCAAUCGACUUAAAAGCGUUGAGGACGCCUAGAUUCCGAAAAAUUUGAUAAACCCGAUGAAAAUCACAACCGAGAUUAUUAUCUCAAAAUCAGGAUUUGCAUUUAAACAGAAAUUCUACGUUUUAUAUUUUUCAAAAUAUUAAAACUUUUACAUUUAUCGGGUAACAUGAACUAUAAACACAAAUACUUAUUAGGUGCACGAUAUUAUAUUUUAACUUUAAUUUUAUAUUUUCAUUAUAACAAUACACACUGUUGUUUUUAUGGUUACAGUUUUUGUUGAUCUAUCGUAAAGCGUACGACGGAUCAUUGCCCGAGGACUGCGGUCUCAACGAGUUGGCUCGACUGACGGAAAUCGAUGUGGUCGAAGUCGGCGUGAUCGGCGCUAAAGAAUUUUUCGAAGCCAAAGUAAGCAACACAGAAAAUUACCGUUUUCUGCCGUGUUUAAAAUUCGAUUCCUCACCGAUUCUAUUCUAUAAGUUCCCAAUUCUUAUUUUUAAUUUGAACCUAGAAACGCAGGCUCCCAGUUAUCGCCAUUCUAUAAUGAUAGAAGAUAAUGAACUAUACCCGUAUAUGUUCGCAGAUCGAGUACCAGGGCAUCGCCAACCGGUUUGAGUACGAGCUACGGAAAGAGAUGGAGGAGAAGAAACGGUUGGAGGACGAGCUGUCCAAACGGAAAAUCGCGUUCAAAGAGAAGACUGCCAUUUUCCAAUAAUUUGGUGGAAAAAACGAUAAACUCCCACCCCGCACCGCAGUUCAGUUUCCUAUUUAUAGAAUCUUCUUGCGGCCGUGACCGUAUACCAUUAACCAUAAUAUUAUUAAAUUGUUAUCCGUGUUGAGCGCGUGCGUGGGUUUUUUUACUUUAUUGAAAAUUAUUAUUUUAUAAUCGUAAUUAUUUAUUAUUAUUUAAAAUUCACCAUAAUAUUACGUACGUAUAUAUAUAUAUAUUAUUAUUAUCGAACACUGAUUGAAGUCGUUUUAGGAAAAAUUGUUGUUUUUUUUUUUCAUUUCUUAUUAGGUACUACCAUAAUGUUGUUUUGUAAAUGAUAAGUUUUUAAUUUUUACUAGAGAGACUAAAUCCAGUCUCUCUACUUUUUACUAUAAAAUUUGAAAUCUGUGUCUAACUGAAUUUUAAUAAAAUGUAAAAUAUGUAAGUACUACCAUUAAUUUGGAUUUUUUUUUUUAAGCUGAUAUGCGCUAAUUAUAUUAAAUUUUAACUGCAUUGUGUGGUAAUACGUAUUUAAUUAUAUACUAAGGUAUUAGGUAUACAUAUACACUUACAGAA